AUGAGGGGUUGUGGAAUCGGUACAACAGCUUGGAAGGGCCACGUUUGCAUUUUGUUCAAAGAAUUGGAUACGGCCGGCAAGUACCAAGACUCUCUGCUAAAGUUUCUAAAGCUAAUGAACCGCGUUCACAGGCUCUUGGACAGUGGUUGCUUCAGCGACUUUAAGAUAGGUUGCAUGAAUGAGACUAUCUACAACGUUCACAAGGUUGUCUUGUGUGCGCAAAGCCGGUAUUUCAUGGACCUUUUUGACCCAGUAUCUGAGUCUAAGAAAGCCAAUAUUGGGGCCAUGGUGGUCAAGCAUGACCCAGAUGGGACCAUGUGCAACACUCCUCCCAACAAAACACCCUGUCAGCUCUUGAUCUUUCACGCUGAGUUACAUACUGCCGGUAUCCACUACGGUAUUCCGAACCUCCGGGCCAUAUCCGCCAAACGAUUUGAGAUGCUAGCGAGCGAUUGCUGGAGCGACGACGAGUUCCCGAAGACGAUGAAAUAUGUUUACCUGUCGAACUACACUCAGAAUUUGCGGGAUGUGCUCGUCCGCGCUUGCACUAGCAGCAACCACAUGGACGUGUUGCUCAAAAAGCCGGGUUUUGCGAAGCUUCUGGACGACGCUGGCCCUUUCAGCAGAGACUUGGUGAAAAGCCUUCAGAAGCACAGGGCGGCUGCUGAGAGGGCAAGCGGCCAACGGACACUUGUUGCUACUGCAAACGCACAAUUAUCGGACCAUGGACAAUAG